AUGAAUUUAGGAGGGUGGAAACUAAUAGGUAGAUGAAGCCGGGAUCCACGUUAGUUGCCCUUGGUCGUGUACCACUAUACCACGACAGUGUAACUAAGAUAUAAUGGACAAGUACUUGAAGAAAAUGAAAGCAAAGAUCGAGGAACAUCUCGACCUGGGAAGCUCUGACCAACGCGUCUUGGCCCCUGAAACCCCCGCAAUAGUACCUCCUCUUUACCAACCACCAACUUCAAGGCAGAUCUAUCGAUUCCGAAAGCAGCGUGAGGUCAAUCUCGGCUCUUGGUUCACAUUGGAGGACUGGCUCACCCCCAGUCUCUUCCAACAAGCAGCUGGUCGCAAGUCUAGCGAGAUGGAUAUCUUGGAAGGCAUGUCUCAAGACUCCGCCAAAAACAUGCUUGAGCACCAUUGGGGGCACUUUGUUGACGAUGGGGACUGGGAAUGGAUGGCAUCUCACGGUAUCAACACCGUUCGCUUACCCAUCGGCUAUUUCCAUUUCCUUGGCGGCCACCCAAAUCCGGACGUGCGCGAUUUAAUGAAGGGCACGGAAUACGCACCGUAUGCUGAUGUCUACGUAAAUACGUGGGGAUACAUCGUACGUGCCAUUGAGACUGCACGAGCGCACAAGAUUGGGGUCCUUGUUGAUCUCCACGCUGCGCCUGGUGCCCAGAAUCCCGAUAAUCACUCUGGCCUCAGCACCGGUGAUGCCGGCCUUUGGCACUCAGAGAAGAAGCAAAGGAAGACCGUACAAAUCUUGGUGGCCUUGGCGCAGGAGAUUGUUCGCUUUGAUAAUGUAGUGGGCUUGGAAGUGCUUAAUGAACCAAAGGAUACGAAUCGGCUUCAGAGUUGGUACGAGGAGGCGAUAUUUGCACUGCAGAGCAUUUCACCAGAGAUUAGUGAGAUACCGUUGUAUCUCUCAGACGCUUGGGCUACUGGGCACUAUGCCCAGUUCAUUGCCGGCCGCUCCAACCCAGGGACGUUCUUGGUUCUCGACCAUCAUCUUUACCGAUGUUUUACUUCGGACGAUCAUGCGUUAUCAGCAUCGCAGCAUGCGGCAAAUGUCCAUCCUGCGAAUCCGGACGCGCCAUCUACGUCUAUGUUAUCUGGUGCCUCGGGUACCUCAAGUCAUUCGAUUGUCAUAGGCGAAUGGAGCGCUGCACUGAAUCCCGCGUCUUUCUCUUCCUACCAGGAUGAAAACGCAAAACUUGCCGCACAGCGGGAAUGGGGGUACGCUCAGUGGGAAGCGUACGAGCGUUUCUGUGGCGGAUACUUCUUCUGGACGCUCAAGAAAGAGGGAGGUUCUGACCCUGGAUGGUGUUAUUAUACCGCUGUCGAGAAAGGCGUCUUACCUUCUUCGCUCGAUCGAGCCAAAGAUAACUUUUCCCGCCAUUCACUCGAACACCUGAGAAGUGUCGGUGCUAGCGAGCUCCAAGCUGCUAUGCAGGGGCAUGUUGGCUGGUGGAAUAACAAUUCUCAGAAUCCCGGGGCUUUUGAGCACUGGCGUUUUGAGCAGGGUUACUAUCAAGGAUGGGAAGAUUGCUUGGCGUUUUAUUGGGGGUCAACCACAGGCGAACUGGUUGGAUCGGAAAUCGGGUUCAAGGGGCAGUGGAAGAAAUUGAGGACUGAAGCUCAUCGACGGGAGAAAGGAGAUAGCGAGAUGGUUUGGGAGUUUGAGCAUGGCUUUGAUCAAGCACUGACAAAAUUCAGUGAAGUCAUCGUGAGUUGAACGGUAUGCGUCAUAUGUACUAUUAGCAAGCAGGAACACAGUUGAAGUGUGCGAACAACGAAUAUCAGUCUGGGUUUAUUCCGACAUGCUUCCUGUAAUCGUAGCUAGGUUUGGAUAAGUGGACGUGCAGUUAUACACCAGUUGUGCAAACUUGCGUACACUCUAGUGU